UUCUCGUGGACAGCAAGAGGCCACCAUGCAGAAGGACUCCAGCCCUCUGGUGCCCAUCCACUGGAUUGGCUUCGGCUAUGCAGCGCUCGUGGCGUCUGGGGGGAUCAUCGGCUAUGCCAAAGCAGGCAGUGUCCCGUCCCUUGCUGCUGGGCUCCUGUUUGGAGGGUUAGCUGGCUUCGGGGCCUACCAGCUCUCUCAGGACCCCCGCAACAUCUGGGUUUUCCUGGCGACGUCGGGGACCCUGGCUGGCAUCAUGGGCAUGAGGUUCUACAAUUCUGGGAAGUUCAUGCCCGCCGGGCUGAUCGCAGGCGCCAGUUUGCUGAUGGUGGCCAAGCUUGGAAUUAGUGUGCUGAACGGACCCCAUCGAUCAUAGCCAGGUCCCAGAGGGGACCCACGACAGAUUUUUUUAAACUUCCAAAGUUUUUGAUGUAUUCAGAGAAGUAAAUAUGGCAUUUUCACCACUCCUGGCAGUUUCCAUGCAGAGACACACACAGAAAUGAAUGAAUGACACAGGCUUUGAUGGCUUUGAUCCUGGAAAGCAGGGCCCUCUUUCUCGGCCGCCCAGGGCUAGGAGGUUUCUUGAGCACUUGCUGAGUCUCACUUCACCUGCCUUGUCCGUUGACUGCUCCUCACACCCAGUCCUGCCCCUCCUCACAGCCCCAGGGCAGUCUCAAGGCCAGGCGGGGCCCCAGGUCUGUUCGCUGUGCCUCAGUUGGGUGAUGGAGGGCAAAAGAUUUGGGGCUCACUGUUCCUUUGCUGACCUUCGAGCACAGACUUGCUUUGAAAUCAUGUUCUGUGAAAUGUCAAGGAAAAUAAAUUUGAUUAUGAAAAUGCC